CGGCACCAGCACCAGCUUCCCCGAGCGGCUUUGCGGGCGGGGCGGGGCGGGCUGCAGCGGGACUCGCGGCCAGGAGAGGACUCGCCCCCCCGCACAGGGACCUGCCCCCGCGCCAGCGCCGCACGCGAGGGGCGGCAUGAGGGCGGCGCCGCUGUGAGCCCCCGGCCCAGGGGCAGCCCCGCGCCCGGCUCCUCCGCAUCGCCGGCCCCUGCAGCUCGGCCCCUCAGCGCGGCGCCUGGGAGCUAUGAGCCAUGAAGCUGCCCGGCAGCAGCGCCCUGCGGCAGCCCCGCUCCGCCGCCGCCUGCCUGCCCCGGCUCGGGCUGCUGCUGCUGCUGCUCCUGCUCCUCCUCGCCGCCUCGCCCCGCGGGGCCGCCGACCUGCAUUGGAAUGAAACUGUAGGAGGUACAGAGGGAGUACUGUUGGAUGAAGAGAAUAUAUUUCAACAAAAUAACAGCAAUAGCAGUAAAAAUAACAGCCACAGCAAUGCAAUCCAUAAAGAAAUCACACUGCCUUCAAGACUGGUCUAUUAUAUUAACAGAGACUCUGAAAGCCCUUAUCAUAUCUUGGACACAAGGGCAAGACACCAGCAAAAACACAACAAGGUUGUGCAUCUGGCCCAGGCAAGUUUCCAGAUUGAGGCCUUUGGUUCCAAGUUCAUCCUUGACCUCACAUUGAAUAAUGAUUUGUUAUCUUCCAAUUAUGUGGAGAUUCAUUAUGAAGAUGGAAAACAAAAACUUUCUAAGGGCGGAGAGCACUGUUAUUAUCAUGGGAACAUUAGAGGUAUCAAGAACUCCAAAGUUGCCCUUUCAACAUGCAAUGGCCUCCACGGCAUAUUUGAAGAUAGUACUUAUGUGUACUUGAUAGAACCAAAGGAUCUAACCCAUAGUUCAGAAAGCACAGGUAGGCCACACAUCAUUCAGAGAACUGUAGGAACACAAACCUCUAAGCAACUAAAGGACCUUGAGGCUGACUCUAGUUCCGAAUGGCCCUUCUUACCUGAAUUACAGUGGUUGAGGAGAAGGAGAAGAAAGAGGGCUGUGAGUGCAUCUCGUGGUGUUUUGGAAGAGAUGAAAUAUUUGGAGCUCAUGAUUGUAAAUGACCAUAAAAUGUUCAAAAAACAUCGUUCUUCCCAUGUGUACACAAACAACUUUGCAAAGUCUGUGGUUAACCUUGUAGAUGCCAUAUACAAGGAACAGCUGAACACCAGAGUGGUUUUGGUUGCUGUGGAAACCUGGACAGACCGGGAUCGUAUUAACAUUCCCCCUGACCCUAUGCAGAUGCUCCAUGACUUCUCACGAUAUCGACAGUACUACAUCAAACAGCAUGCGGAUGCUGUACACCUGCUCUCGAAUGUGACAUUUCACUACAAAAGAAGUAGCUUGAGUUACUUUGGAGGGGUUUGUUCUGUGACCAGAGGAGUUGGAGUGAAUGAGUAUGGCCUUCCAUGGGCCAUGGCACAGGAGUUAGCACAAAGUCUGGCUCAGAACCUUGGAAUACAGUGGGAACCAGCAACCAGAAAACCAAAAUGCGACUGCAUAGAAUUCUGGGGUGGUUGCAUCAUGGAGGAAACAGGGGUCUUCCAUUCCAGAAAAUUUUCUAAGUGCAGCAUUGCAGAAUACAAAGAAUUUUUAAAUCGAGGUGGUGGUGCCUGUCUCUUCAAUAGGCCAACAAAGUUGUUUGAAACUACUGAGUGUGGAAAUGGUUAUGUAGAAGCAGGAGAAGAGUGUGAUUGUGGUUUCCGAAAUGAAUGCUAUGGAGACUGCUGUAAAAAGUGCUCUCUUUCUAAUGGAGCUCAUUGUAGUGAUGGACCUUGCUGUAAUACAUCCUGCCUUUUUUUUCCACGAGGCUAUGACUGUCGAUAUGCAGUGAAUGAAUGUGAUAUUGCAGAGUACUGUACUGGAGAUUCUGGACAGUGCCCUCCAAACCUUCAUAAGCAAGAUGGAUCAACUUGUGAUUCUAAUCAGGGACGUUGCUAUAAUGGAGAAUGCAAGACAAGAGAUAAUCAGUGCAAAUAUAUCUGGGGAUCUAAAUCUUCAGGAUCUGACAAAUUCUGUUAUGAGAAGCUUAAUACAGAAGGUACAGAAAAAGGAAACUGUGGCAAGGAUGGAAACCGAUGGGUUCAGUGCAGCAAACAUGACGUGUUCUGUGGCUUUCUGCUUUGCACUAAUCUUACUCAGGUUCCACGAAUUGGUCAGCUUCAGGGAGAAAUUACUCCAACUUCUUUCUACCACCAGGGACGAAUAGUGGACUGCAGGGGUGGUCAUGUGCUUUUAGAUGAUGAUACAGAUUUAGGAUAUGUGGAGGAUGGAGCUCCAUGUGGCCCUCACAUGAUGUGUUUAGACAGGAAGUGCCUACCAAUUCAGUUCUUGAACAUAAGCAGCUGUCCAAUGGGAUCUAAUGGAAAGGUCUGUUCAGGUCAUGGGGUGUGCAGUAAUGAAGCCACUUGCAUUUGUCAUUUCACCUGGGCAGGGACAGACUGCAGUAUUGAUGAUCCUGUCCGAGAUAAUGGCAGCAAGAAGGAUGAUGGACCCAAGGUGAGCAUGGCCACUAACAGGCUAAUAGGUGCAGUGGCAGGGACCAUUCUGGCUCUGGGGGUGAUUUUUGGAGGCACAGGGUGGGGAAUAGAAAAUGUCAAAAAGAGAAGGUAUGAUCCAAGUCAGCAAGGCCCUAUCUGAAAAACUUAAAUUGGAAUAGCCUCUCCUUGCACUACUGGAUUGUGGAUACAAUGUCUUUGCUGUAGCUGCGCAGAAAAUAAGUCAGUGAAGAAGAACAUUUGGAGUGGCACUGACUACUAUGGACCUAAAGUGAGGGUGUUGGGGAAGGGAUGAAGGAAAACUGUCCUUUUUGGAGAUAAGUUCAGAUACUCCCUCCUUUCACCUCUCUCUCUCUCUUUUUUAAAUGAAGACUGCAACAACAGAGAAGGGAAAACUGUUUCAAACUUGUUUUUUGUUCUUGUUUUCUUAGACAAAUAAAGGAAGAAAGGGACAAAUAAACCAAGUGCAAUAAGAGAACUGUUUAAAAAUAGCAAACUGUCAGAAGAUUAUUUUUCCCAGUCUGCUGGAAAAAUAUUAUAACUUGAGUUGGCAUGACUUUUUUCAUAUUAAUGACAAACUCCAGUGGCAUGAUGAGCUAAUUUUUGAAAGGAUAAACUGCAUGGCAUAUAUACACAACAAGCAAGCUAGCAAGCCAACCCCCAAGCAAAAUCUGCAACCAAAUAUAUACAGAGAGGAAAGCAACAAAUACAGAACACAGAGAAGCUGAUACAAGCUCUUAAAUCUUUCACCACUGCAAUGCAUUCUGUCUCUUUGGAGUGAAUAGUUCCCUACUCUACAGAAUCAUUGUUUUCUAUACUGGAUAAAAAUUCCUUUGGGUAUGGGAGCUAUUGUUUCUCUGAACAGUGAGGAUAACGUGUAUAGUUAGUCUAGAAAGAAAAGAAAAUGUAAAUAUGGAAAUAAGAGAUUUUGAGAUAUCAUUUUCACAGAGAUAUAUCGAAGCAUUUCUUUAUCGAAGGUUCUAUUCUUUAUGUAAAUCUAAUUUUGGUGGUUUAAUUUUGCUCCCCUAAAUUUUAAUUUUUCUAGCAUGUUGUAUAGCGGGUGUUCUGGGCUUGCUCAAAAAAGGCAGAUCUAGCAUGCAGAUGCAGGGAGUUCUGGCACCAAAACAGGUGUGCUCUAAGUUUGUAUGCUUGAAACCAAAAAAAAAAAAAAUUUAAAAAUGUAAAAGGUGUAAAUGCAUAUGUAUGUAAUGAGUUUAAGUCUCUCAAAUUACUUUUUUGGGGCUGUCAUGCAAAUUUUCUGUAUAUAAUGUAAGAAAGUUGACACGCUCUCAAAUUAAUCACAAAAGUGCCAAGCUCAUCUUUUAAUUUUAUCUACUAUUUUCCUCUGUCUAGCUCUCUCUCAUGUGAAAGGAAAACAAGCUUAAGUAAGCCUUAAAAUAUUCACAAAAUGCUGAAAGCUUGAGACAGGCUAAAGCUCUCAUUUUUCUCCAGAUUCUUCUCUUUCCUUCUGGCAGGCCUACAAAAAUGAUCUAGUCAUCCAAGUUACUCUGGGUUCCCCUCUUUACACUGUCAAAGUAUAAUCUGAAGAAGUCCUUUUACUGAUAGCUUUGCUCGGUUUUUAUUUCAGGGUUAACAUAUAAUUAUUUAUACAGUUCCACAUACUCUAAUCCAGUUCACUGAAGUCAGUAGAAGUAUAUCCAUUAAGAUUGUCAGUUGUUUAGCCCUCAUUGACGUAGGCAAGGCAAAGCUGUAGAGCCCAAAUUUAACUCUCAUUUAUGCUAAUGUACAUUCAUGCAAUUCAGGUGAACUUAUUAAUUUAUACCAAUUCAAGUAGUUAUCAGAGUUUAAGCUAAUGUUAUAAUGGUGUUUGUCUUUUCUUAAGUCAAAAGUAGAGAGGAAAUUUAUCUUAAACAUUAAUAGGUUAAAAAUGCUAUAAUCAGUGUUCAUUUUUCUUGUUCAAAUGUCAAAUCAAUUUCUCGAUUUAGCUUUGAGAUAUACACUUUAAAAAAAACUUGCCAAAAAUCAGUACUGCAUUAAUUACACAAUUCUCCUCAUUACAUUUUCUAUAAAAUGUUUUUUGCUUCAAGUUUGUUUCAGAUUAGACAUUCUCAGAAGUUUUUUUCCUCUAUGAGAACCAUAGUUAGUUAUUUAUCGAAUGAUAUUUUAGACAGCUUUAACUUACUUGCACAUACUUUGUUAACACUGAGUAAAAGGUGCUGGAUAUAGGUAGUCUGUGUUGAUACUGAUCACUCUAAACAGUAUAGAAUAGGAGUAUUCACAAUUAUUUCAGCAUGACCUAACUUCAGAGUAACAUUUGUGUUGUAUUAAUAGCCAUGACAAUUAAUACUUUUUGUUUUGAGGGGAUCUCAAAGUACUUGCAUUGUAAUGUUGUCCUCUAGUACCUUGUUGCUUAGUUCCAGUUUGCUACAGGGUACAGAGGACAUGACACUCUCUAGCAGGUUCUAAGCUUCAUAUUUUGGUUCUACUCCAAAAAAAUGUAACCAUAGUAGAAGUGCCAGUGUGGUUACAAAAUCAAUUAGGUGUCUAAUAACUACCUGUGUAAUAGACCUUUGACACUAAACAUUUCACAGAAUAACAUUGUAAAUGUGCGAUGUGAUGUUUUUAAUCAGACCACAGUGGUCCCCAAAUAUUAUGUACAUAUGGUAAGUGUUGGAGUAACUUUUUGUUACACCAGCAGUUUCAUAGGAAAUAUGAUUUCUUGAUUGAAUUAAUGCUCCACUGUUUAGCUGUGUGCGUGUAUUUGUAAAACACACAAGCUUUAUGCUCUGUAUGUACAGAAUGUAAAUGACAACACAUAACCACAUCACCACACAAGUGGAUACUAAUAAUUUUUUUCUGUGGUAUUAGAAGGUUAUAUAGUCUAAAUGUUUCAGCUAGACAUUGUUUAUUUCCUAAGCCAUACUUUGCCAAAUGUUUAGAGUACAUAUGCUGAUUAUGUUAUUUUUUUAUCAUGAUAAAAAUGUCACCUUUUAAUCUUAAUCAACAGAAUAAAUGUUUAAGGAAUGACAAGUUCCCAUUUCACCCGCUAUACUUUUGCUUUGUUAUUUAAUAAUUCAUCUGGACAGGAAAAUGUAUGGUUACUAUACUGCUCAUACUGGUAUGCUGCAUGAUCCCACUGAAUUGAGCCUAAUCCUCUUAUAAGAAAAAAAUUACUAGGCAAAUUUAACAAAAAAUAUAUUGUAGGUGCAUGUUAAAAGAAACAAACUACAUAGAACUGGAGUUGUACAAAGUUUUCUUUACUAUGCAAAGAUGGGUAUUGCACAAACAAAAUUUCAAGACCAAUGUCAGAGGAAUUUUACAAAUACUUGAAUUUAUUUUUGUUUUAAAACCUAUCAAUCAUGUUUUAUAUUCAUUGUUGCUUCCACUAUUACUCUUCCUUUUUAAAAUGAUUUGUAAUUAUUUUUUAAGUGCACAAUUUGAUGUUAUGAAUCAGUUUUUGUUUGAAGUUAAUACUCAUUCAUAUCUUGUUGGCUGCUGACAACUAGAAAUAAAAUAGUCAUUGUUCUGCAUCUCUUAGUAAAAUGAGUAUUAAAAACUUCAUGAACAUGGAAGUUGCAA